AUGAAUACCACGAUUACUCAGGAAUUAAUUGACGCAUAGGAGACACUUUAACAGACUCAGAGUCAUCUUGCACAUCAAAACAUCGAUGCUGCUAUUGAUUAGUUGACUCCCCUAACCCCAGAGAUCAUCUCUCGCCAGGCAACCAUCAAUAUUGGUACUAUUGGUCACGUCGCCCAUGGAAAAUCUACUCUUGUCAGAGCAAUCUCAGGUGUAAAUACCGUUCGUCAUUAUAAGGAAAGAUUCAGAAAUAUCACAAUUAAGCUGGGAUACGCCAAUGCCAAGCUAUAUAAAUGCCCAACUUGCCCACCUCCAGAAUGCUAUAAAUCUUUUGGCUCAGAGAAGGAAGAUAACCCAAAAUGCACUACUGCAGGUUGUGACUCAAAUCUUUUGCUCAUCAGACACGUCUCAUUCGUAGAUUGCCCAGGCCAUGAUGUGCUCAUGGCUACCAUGUUGGCAGGAGCUGCAGUUAUGGACUCAGCUCUGCUCUUGAUUGCUGGUAACUAACCCUGCCCUCAACCACAAACUAGCGAGCACUUGGCUGCUGUUGAGAUCAUGAAGCUCCAACACAUUAUCAUUGUUCAAAAUAAGAUUGAUAUCAUCAUCAAGGACCCAUCUGCUGCUAACAAGCAAUUUGAAGACAUUAAGAAAUUCGUUUAAGGAUCAAUUGCUGAAGGAGCUCCAAUUAUUCCCAUUUCUGCUCAAAUGAAAUACAACGUAGACUUCGUUGUUGAUUAUAUUUGCAGAAUUCCAGUUCCUCUUAGAGAUUUUACUAGUGCCCCUCAAAUGAUCGUCAUUCGUUCUUUCGACGUUAACAAGCCAGGUGAAGAUGCUGAGACCUUAAGAGGUGGUGUUGCCGGAGGUACCAUCUUGAAGGGAGUCUUAAAGAUUGGUGAUGAAAUCGAAAUCCGCCCAGGUAUGAUUAGAAAGGACUCAAAGUCAGGUCAAGUCACCUGGAAAUAAAUCUACUCAAAGAUUACCUCACUUAAAGCUGACGAAAAUCACUUAAUGUAUGCUGUCCCAGGUGGUCUUAUUGGAGUUGGUCUCAAAGUUGAUCCUUUCAUUACUAGAUCUGAUAGAUUAGUUGGCCAAAUUAUUGGACAUCCAGACAAGAUGCCAGAUGUUGUUGUUGAAAUUGAAGCACAAUACUAUUUAUUGAGAAGACUUUUGGGAGUCAAGAAUGAAGGAGAUAAGACUAAGAGCAAGGUCCAAAAGCUUAAAGUUGAUGAAACCCUCAUGAUCAAUAUUGGUUCAACUUCCUUAGGAGGAAAGGUCAUCUCAUUCAACUCAGACUAAGUUAGAAUACAAUUCUUGAAUCCAGUUUGCGCUAACGAGGGUGAGAAGAUUGCCAUGAGUAGAAGAAUCGAUAGAAACUUCAGACUGAUUGGUUGGGGUCAAAUCAAAAAGGGCUAUACAUCUAAGUCUAAAAAGGCAGGCACUUAAUGA